GUUCUCCCAACCACCUCGAAAUCUUAGGUACACAAUCGCCAGCGUCACUGGCACCCAAUCCCGAAACCCAAGAGCGCCAAAUAUCCACAUCGUGGAUGACGACUACGUUAGCACAAGAUAAUCUGGAGGUUGGGAGAGAAUCCUUUCCAAGGCUUUGACAGCGUUUCUUUUGCGCAUUUAGCCCCAUAAAACCGGGAGCCUGCACCACCAUGCGCUGCAUCGCCCCGAGCUUGUUAAUAGACCUCGAUACUCCGUACUUGUAUAGAGUUUCAUUCUAGAACGGUACUUAUCUGAGACAAGAUACGAAGAACUUUCCCAGUCCAUAUAACCUAUCCCGGCCACAAGGCAAUUUCUAAGACGACGGGCCUCAAGUUUCUGAGUUCUGACCGAGCAUUUGAUCUCAUACAUUAUUUUCCUCAACCCACUGUCAGGGUCAAGUGCAAAGCAUCAGCCGAAAUGUUGCUCUCCAGGAGAUGGAGAGCACUCCUAGCAACAACAACUGCCGCACUGCUCAACGGAGCGGCAUUUGCGCAGACGUGGUCAGCAUGCAACCCCUUAUCAUCAACAAGUUGCCCAGCCGACACAGCGCUGGGCAUGACAGUAAACGUUGACUUCACCAAAGGCGAGGUCAACUCGUUCGUGGCGAGCGGGGGAACGCCAACCUACGGCAGCGACGGCGUAACCUUCAGCGUUGCCCGAUCAGGAGACGCUCCGCAACUAACCAGCGUCUUCUACAUCAUGUUUGGCCGCGUCGAGGUGACCAUGAAGGCCGCCCCGGGUGCCGGGAUUGUCAGCUCACUGGUGCUUCUCUCCGACACGCUGGACGAGAUCGACAUGGAAUGGCUCGGCGCCGACGACAGCGAGGUGCAGACAAACUACUUCAGCAAGGGCCAGACCACGACAUACAACCGCGGCCAGUUCAACCCGGCGCCCAACAACCAAGCCCAGUUCAUCACGUACACCAUCGACUGGACCGCGGAGCGCAUCGUGUGGUACGUCGGCGGCACCGUCGUGCGCACCCUCACCUACGACGAGGCCGCCGGCCAGUACCCGCAGACGCCCAUGCAGGUCAAGUUCGGCGCGUGGUCCGGCGGUGACCCGGCCAACCCGCCGGGGACGAUCGAGUGGGCCCGGGGGCCGACCGACUACUCCAAGGGGCCCUUUUCGAUGCAUGUGCGGUCCGCCAUCAUCACCGACUACUCGACUGGCAAGAAGUACACAUACAGCGACACGUCCGGGACCUGGCAGUCGAUCCGGUCCGAGGGCGGCGAGAUCAACGGCAACCUGGGCAAUGCCAACCCCGUUACCGUGACAGCCAGCGCGACGGCCGCCGCGACCAACUCGCUCUCUCCAACCAUCCCUCCCGGCGGCAUCGGCGCCGGCAGCGCGACGACAAGCAGCUCAACGACAAGGUCGUCGACCGGCCCCAUCCCGGACGGCUGGAUCUUGACCUCGGACGGCAAAAUCGUACCUGUAGGUUCCAGCACCGUAAACGCCCCCAACAGCAUCCUUCUCCUCGCCACCCCCUUCUGCCUCAUCCUUGGCACCUUCGCAGCCUACUACAGGCUUUGAGCAUGGGCGCACGACGUUCACGACUGCCACCACGGCACCCGUAGCAGGGCCAGCGGAAACAGCGGCUCCUCCUGCAAACUGGGCAGUGGCAGCGAGUCCUCACUUCGCUGUGGGGGUCAUUGCCGGUGCUUUCCAGUUGUUGAUGUUCUGUCUGUUGUAGCAGGCGGCAUUUCUGAAUUCAUUGGGCUUGGCGUUGCAUUCCAAGGCGUUUGGAGCGUAGAGAUAGGACGGGACUGGAAUGGCAGGUAUAUAAUUUCGAGUGCAUAUAUUCUCGCGGCAUGAACUGGUCGAGAUAGGGAGGCCGUACUCUUAGUUGCGGCUCAAGACGGGGCAUAGGCUCGCUACGGUUUCGGAAUUCGACCCCUGGCCAUAUUGAUAGGUGCUUAAGCAGAUACAUACAUAAUACGUCAAUACCAUGG